CCCACAAACCGUGAGAUCAUGACCUGACCAGAAGUCGGACACUUAGCCAACUGAGUCACCCAGGCACCCCCAAAGUCUGCAUUUUUAAGGAGAGGUUGGAGAAAGGGUAACAGAAGAAUGACUGAAUGAUUUCCUGUUAUUUAAAUUGAACUCACCACCCGCACCUCCAUUGUGUAUGCUUAUCCAAUUCUUAUUAGUCUAAAAAAUUCAUCAAUCUAUACCCACUGACCAGAUCCCAGAUCCUAAAUUUCUUUUAACCAUCUCCAACAUUAAGUAUCAUCUGCCAUGACUUGUAGGUAAUUGUGUACUAACAACGCUACUUUUGAUAAGUUCAAGCAUAAUUAUAACUAACACAGUGUGCAAAGCCCUAUUGUAAAUAAUUUACAUGCAGUAAUUUACUAAUGAUAAUUUACAUCAACCAAGGAGGUAGGUAAAUUAUCUCAUUUUACAGAUGAGGAAACUGAGACAGAGCGAUGUUAAAUUACUUGCCCAAGUUCAUAUAGUUAAUAGGUGACAGACAAAGGAUUUGAUUAUAGCCAACGGCCUUCAGAGUCCAUACUCUACUGAGAACCAUAUUCAGAGACACUGUUUCAUCCUGUUUUUGAAGCAUAGUAAUAAUUUACUCUGAACAGUCGGGAAUCUGUACCCUUUUGAUUCCUUUAACCUUUGGUGCCUAGGACCUCACUCUGCAAACAGAGUAUAUUUCUCAUUAAGGCUCCUGGCAUCUCCCUAAGGUAAGUGAUAAUAAUAAAAUAAAAAUGUAUCCAGCUGAGUUCAUCUAAUAAAUAGCUUUUUAAAAAAUAUUAUGACUAAUAUUAAAUCCUGAAUAAUUCUGGCACCUCUUUGCUUAGUACCUGCUUACGACAGCGUUUCUAAAGGCUUAUGUCAAAUGUUUUGUGCAGGAAAGAGCGAUCUGAAAUAACAGCUGUAUUUUCCUAGAGGUAAGAGGAAGAGAGAAUGGAGGCAGGGGGGUAUUUAGGAACCUUCUCUGCUUCCCUGAAAGAACCCUAAAUGCAGGAGCAAGAGCGAUUGAGGAAAAACCAGGGGCUUUUGCCAAGACACUCGUUGAAAUCCAAUUAGUGUUUCCACUACGAAAUCAUUAUCAGAUAAAAGAUCCAUCCACUAUCAGAAAAUAUGUCACUACAGAUGAUAACAGUCAGUAAUAAUACAGCCUUAAUACAACCAGGCUUCUCACUGAUGAAUUUUGAUGGGCAAGUUUUCUUCUUUGGCCAAAAAGGCUGGCCCAAGAGAUCCUGCCCCACUGGAGUUUUCCACUUUGAUGUAAAGCAUAACCAUCUCAAACUGAAGCCUGCAGUUUUCUCUAAGGAUUCCUGCUACCUUCCUCCUCUUCGUUACCCAGCCACUUGCAUCUUCAGAGGCAGCUUAGAGUCUGAAAAGCAUCAAUAUAUCAUCCAUGGAGGGAAAACACCAAAUAAUGAGCUUUCAGAUAAGAUUUAUGUCAUGUCUGUUGUUGGCAAGAACAACAAAAAAGUUACUUUUUGCUGCACGGAGAAAGACUUGGUAGGAGAUGUUCCUGAAGCCAGAUAUGGUCAUUCCAUUGAUGUGGUGUAUAGUCGAGGGAGAAGUAUGGGUGUUCUCUUUGGAGGACGGUCAUACAUGCCUUCUGCCCAAAGAAUCACAGAAAAAUGGAAUAGUGUAGCUGACUGUCUGCCCCAUGUUUUCCUGGUAGAUUUUGAAUUUGGGUGUUCUACGUCAUACAUUCUGCCAGAACUUCAGGAUGGGUUAUCUUUUCAUGUCUCCAUUGCCAGAAAUGAUACCAUUUAUAUUUUAGGAGGACACUCACUUGCCAAUAACAUCCGCCCUGGCAACCUAUACAGCAUAAAGGUUGAUCUCCCACUGGGUAGCCCAGCUGUGAAUUGCACAGUAUUGCCAGGAGGCAUCUCUGUCUCCAGUGCGAUCCUGACUCAAACAAACAAUGAUGAAUUUGUUAUUGUUGGUGGCUAUCAGCUUGAAAAUCAAAAGAGAAUGGUCUGCAACAUUGUCUCUUUUGUGGACAACAAGAUAGAAAUUCGUGAGAUGGAGACCCCAGAUUGGACCCCAGAUAUUAAGCACAGCAAGAUCUGGUUUGGGAGCAACAUGGGAAAUGGAAAUGUUUUCCUUGGCAUACCAGGAGACAAUAAACAGGCUUCUUCAGAGGCAUUCUAUUUUUAUAUGUUGAAAUGUGCUGAAGAUGAUGUGAAUGAAGAUCAGAAAACACUCACAAAUAGUCAGACAUCAACAGAAGACCCAGGGGACUCCACUCCCUUUGAAGACUCAGAAGAAUUUUGUUUCAGUGCAGAAGCAAAUAGUUUUGAUGGCGAUGAUGAAUUUGACACCUAUAACGAAGACGAUGAAGAAGAUGAGUCUGAGACAGGCUACUGGAUUACAUGCUGUGCUACUUGUGAUGUGGAUAUCAACACUUGGGUACCAUUUUAUUCAACUGAGCUCAAUAAACCUGCCAUGAUCUACUGCUCUCAUGGAGAUGGGCACUGGGUCCAUGCCCAAUGCAUGGAUCUGGCAGAACGCACACUCAUCCAUCUAUCAGAAGGAAGCAACAAGUAUUACUGCAAUGAGCAUGUGAAGAUAGCAAGAGCACUACAAACCCCCAAAAGAGACCUACCUUUAAAAAAGCCUCCACUGAAAUCCCUCCACAAAAAAGGUUCUGGGAAAAUUUUUACUCCUGCCAAGAAAUCUUUUCUUAGAAGGCUGUUUGAUUAGUUUCACAAAUGUCUUCCAAAUUCAAGUGCAUCAAAUUUUUAAACCUGUUUUAAAGAAUCAUAACAAUGAUGAAAAUUAUAUUUCUAUUUUUGUUUAUUGAAAAUGCCCGUGUUUUCUUUUAGUCUUAUGAAUCAAGUGCCAGGGGAAAGUGCUCAUAAUACAAUGCUAAAUGCUUGAAAAAAUUUUAGUCAAAGGUAUCUUAAAUGAGAAUUUCUGACCUGAAUUUUUUCAUUCAAGCAAUCUUCAAUACAGAGGCAGUAGUAAUAAUCAAGAUAUGUUUAUAUCCUUCAUAUAAUUUUUCAUAACAAAUAAGCUAUAGAGUAGUUAAGACAAAAUUAAGCCAGUAAAGAAACUAACACCCAAAGGAAUUAAAUGAAUUUUUUGCACAAUAUAACAAUUUGAUGGUUGGCCAAAAAUUAAAACCAAGAUCACCUGUAUCCCAUGCUAGUACUCUUUAUAUGUCUCUAACUCUAAACUGGUCUCUUGAUUAUAUCUAUGAACAGAAAAAGUUCCAUAAAGCUUAUUUAAGCUGUAACAUAGUCUCCAUUGACAUGAAGGAGGAGAAAAGGACUCUACAUCAAGUGUGUUAUAUGUUAUCAAGUUACCUGCAUGACUUUAUUCAGAGGAUUCCCCCUCUCUGCCCUGUCUGGUGCACAGAUGAUGGACCAAGGCCAAUUGCUUGAACCAAUUUUUUGAGAGAUUUAAUGAAAACUGAAGUCCACUGCUACUUAGCAGUCUGGGAAAAGGGAAUAAGUCAGAGCACGCUAAGAAAAGACCACCAGUUAAAAUCUCAUAAAGAACAAUAGUAUUAUUUCCCCCCAAUAAAAGAAGUUAAAGAAUGUUCUAAAGUUAAUAGGUAUAAGAUUUUAAGUGGGGAAAAAUAAAUUUGUGUGUGUAUGUGUCUAGUUGACAUGUGGUGUUGGAUGCCAAUGAAAAUUGCAAAAUCAAUGAACUUGCUAUGGUUCAAUUAGAUACUUUCUAGAAAGAGAGUUUAAAAAGACUGUUCACUUUGAGGCUUUAAGACAUCAACUGAUAAUUAGAUGACCUUAGAAAUCAAUGUCUUUCCUUUUGGAGUAUUUUUCUAGAAAAGCAUCUUACUUUAUCCUAGGAGCUUAAGCCACAGCUUCCUAUUCAUCAGUAUUCAUUGAAAGUCCACAGUGUGUGAAGUUCUAUUGCCAGAUUUAGGGGGCACAUGACCAUACAGGAGAUAAAUCCCUGGAAUACAAGUUCGUCUGCUACCAGUUCCAUGUCUUAGCUACUAAAACUAACUUGGAUGAAUUAAGUCCUGUUGUUUGUUUCAGUAAUGUUGCUUAAUGAAUACUCCUUUUGAAGCAUUUGCUAUACCUUUGCUUUGAUUUUUUGUUGUUUUUGUCAUCUAUGUAAAACCAAUAAAGCAUUAAAAUGUC